AUGGCUUCCUAUACCGCGUUUCUGCCCUCUGCGGCGAGAGGCGUGUUGCCGUCAUGUCGUGUUUCCUUGCGGGAGAGGUCAAUUGCUCCCUUUUUAUCUGUUUUCCAGCAGCAGGCCCGUGGAGCGAAGACCAGUUCCAAGGUCGACCCGGCCAAAGCGAAGAGAGACAAUCGCUCCAAGGAUUUCAAGCAGCAGAGCCUAAAGGAUAUGGAAAAGUUUGCUCUAUGUGAUGCUAUAAGGUAUAUCCGGGCGUUCGAGGUUGGCCGCGACCCGUCGUCUACCAAGUACGAAGUCCAUAUCCGGCUGAAGUCCAUGCGAAAUGGGCCAGUGAUCCGCAACAUGCUCCGUUUCCCGCAUGCAGUGCAGACCGAGUCGCGGAUUUGCGUGAUCUGUCCCCCAGGAUCCCGGUCCGAAAAGGAGGCUCUCGCAGCUGGUGCAGCCCUGGUCGGCGAGAAGGAUGUGUUUGAUGCAGUGAAAAACGGUGUGAUUGAAUUUGACCGUCUCAUCUGCCACCCAGACAGUCUCGAGGCGUUGAACAAGGCGUCUCUCGGGCGGAUUCUGGGACCCAAGGGCCUGAUGCCUAGUGCGAAGACGGGCACCGUGGUGGAAGAUGUUGCGAUGCGCGUUGACAUGCUGCGUGGAGGUACCAUCUACCGCGAGCGAGACGCGGUCAUCCGGUUACCCAUUGGCUUGCUGGCCUUCUCUCCGGAGCAGCUGCGCGACAACCUGCGCGCCACGCUCGACCAGAUCAAGAAAGAUGCGGCUGCCAUCAACCACAUCGUUAACAAGGAGAUCUAUGAAGUGGUCCUGAGCUCCACCCAUGGCCCGGGCCUCACUCUCAACGGCGAUUUCAAAUCCGAAAACUCCCCAUCUACUGCCGAUUUGAGCGUUUUGUAA